UCACACACAUGAUGGGUGCCGAAAAUCUGAUGGGACUCGUGGUCGCCGCUCUGCUCCUUCCAGGUGUGGGCGGGGCGGAGCACACCCUCUUUCACUACGCCCCUGUCGGCGAUGACGUCACUCUGCCGUGUGGCGACGUGCCUCGGCGGGACUGCUCCUCGGUCUCGUGGAGCUUCUACAAGGGCGGCGACGUCAGGUACACCCAGGAGGUCCUCAGGGGCACGGUGAGUGAGAAGUCGGACAAAGCCAGCCGCUUGUCCGUCUCGUCCAACUGCUCCCUCCGUGUCCGGGACCUGAGGGCCGGGGACGCCGGCUCCUACCUGUGUGACCAGCACGGGGACGGCGGCACGCAGAUAAACGUGUACCUCUCCCUGCUCUCCAUCUCGUCACCCAGCCGGGUCACCGACCUGACGCCCGGCGGAAACCUUGUCCUCAGCUGCUUCCUCUUCUCCUACUACAAUGCUGGCAUGUGCAAGGGCUACUCCAGCCUCGGCUUCAGCCUCAGCUGGCUGGACGAGGACGGUGCCGCACUGCAGAACAACAGCAGGUAUGAGCUCAUCCAGGGCUCCAGCUGCAAUGUCACUCUGGCUGUGAGGCUCCAGCAGGAAGACAACAACAGAAAGUGGAGGUGCCAGAUGCACAGCAGCACAGAAAACCACGUGAUGACGCUCCUGGACUUCAGAUCCACCUUUGUGUUCCAGAGUCCUGUCUCUGAUCCGACUGUGAGCCCGUCCAGCCCCGAGCCCCCCGCGGCCCAGCUGCCCAUCAGCCGCAUCGUGCUGUGUGCAGCUCUGCCGGUCAUGAUAGUGAUCGUGGCCGUCUUCACGUGGAGAACCGACCGCAAGAGGGGCCGAGAGUUUGCAAAAGCCAUUGAGUUUCAAGAGAUUAAAUAACUGCUUCUGGCCACAUUAAAUGUCUUUUGUCUCGGUGUCAGGUUAGCUACCGUCACAGCUAUGAGCAAUGAGCAGCAAGCAGCAGUAGUAGCAGUAGUAGUUGUUGUAUAAGGCAAGAAAAGGAAAGGGAGUUUUAUUUAUUUACAUUUCAUUCAGUGUAUAUUCAAGGUUCUGUACAGAGAAGAAUUAAAUUACAAUAUUGCAUAAAAAAAAAAACAAUAAAGGUGAAAUAAAUAAAUAAAAAUUCUUCUCUAAGUAUAGUAACUUUAAUACCACCAGCCCCCUCUCUGUGAGCAUAGCAGUUUUAGGACCAGCCUCAUCUCUGUCACAUUUACUGUGAUAAUUCCUGUAUGAACUGACAUUUUAGCCAGACGGUGCAAGCAGCACCAGAGAGAACAAUAGCAAAACUGCCUGUGUGCGCUAAAAUAAAUGGCACAGCAAAUGCAAGGAAGAAUGAAAUACAAAUAACUUUGCUACAGUUAAAAGUGUAUGAGUAACUGUCUUUUUCUUCAGCAAGUUCAGCUGAGGUGCCUUUGAGCAAGGCAUUUCAAGCCCUCUGCCUGAGCAGCCUCUCAGUGGUUAACAGUGGAGGGCUGAGGUGUGGGUAUCAUGCCCUGUCACUGCCUGCUGUCCCUCUUGUAAUAAGAUAGGUAAUUGUGAUACUGAUACCGCUUUUCACGGUUGAAUAAAAGUUU